UCCAAGUUCACCGGAUACUUAGUACAGUAGUUGGUGAGUUACUUCCCUUUUAUCACAUUUUCCAUCUACCACGAACUGAACAGCUGGACUAUAUGUCACUCUGUUGAAGGCAGUCACAAUGAAGUCAGUACACAUGUUAAUAAACCAGGGUAGAAAGUACGGUCAACAUUACAUUAUGUGGAGGAGAAAGUUAUGGUCAAAUACUGAUGGUACACAAGAUGGUGUCAUUCUCACUAUACAUGAAACACGAGAAAAGUUGAAGAGUUUAGUGGGUGCACAACUGAUAUGGGGAUCAUCAACAGAAAAGCAAGAUGUGUUACCUGUUGCCUCAAGUCAAGAUGAACUACCUGUCCGUUCAAUGUCUGACAGUUUUAGGAAAGCUAUAAUUCCUCUAGGAUCUAAUCCAAGGUUGAAGGAGAAGUAUACUAACUACUAUAAUGGUAUCAGGUUUGGGAGAAUUCUUGAAGAUCUUGAUACAUUUGCAGUGGCUAUCAGUUAUACACAUACAAUGGACUCAUGUGAUGCUGACAAGAAAUCCCCUUUGAGUAUUGUUACAGCACUUGUUGAUAGAAUAGAAUUAAGCCAAGAUGGUAUAGUGCCUGAUAAAGAUAUAAAGAUGUCUGGUAAAGUAACAUGGGCUGGUAAAACCUCAAUGGAAAUCACAAUGGAGCUGGAACAGGAGAUUGACAAUGAAUGGAAAAGAAUUCUUGAUGCUAAGUUUCUUAUGGUUGCUAGGAACCCUGUAACUAAAAGCUCAGCUGUGAUAAAUAAGCUACAACCCAAUACUACAGAGGAGGAAAGGCUAUUUAAAUUAGGAGAAGAAUGUAAAGCAAAGCGUAUGUUGGAGAGUAAGAAGACAUUGUUAAAGGAGGCACCAGAUGAAGAGGAGAGACUGUUAAUUCACAAUCUGUUUCUAGAGACAAUGGACCCAAAUGCCCACACAUUUAAAGUGAGGAUAAAGCCAGAAAAUUCUGCCUGGAUGGAAGAGACAAUUUUAAAGAACCUUGUGAUAUGUAUGCCAGAGCAAAGAAACUUGUACAACAAAAUAUUUGGAGGAUUCUUGAUGAGAAAAGCUUUUGAACUUGCCUUUGCUAAUGCUUCUCUUUUCUGCAAAAGCCGUCCACACAUAGAGGUUGUAGAUGAUAUUGCCUUCAAAAAGUCUGUUGAAGUUGGAUCCUUCCUAUUUCUUUCUUCCGAGAUUGUGUACACUUUAGAUACUAGACUUCUGAUCAAAGUUCAUGCUGAGGUUGUGAACCCAUUUGAUGAAUCAAGGGAAACAACCAAUGACUUUUACUUUGUUUUCAACACAAGAGAUGUAAAGGUUCGCAGAGUUAUCCCCAAAACAUAUGCAGAAUCUAUGCUGUACUUGGAUGGAAAAAGACAUUUUGAACAUUGAGUAGUAAAGAACACCCUUCAUAUACAGUUUGGUCAGUUAAGCUAUUGGACCUCCAGUUUCCUAAUCAACAAUAUUAUUUUGCUGUAAUUAGCUUAUCCACCUGUGAUAUUAUUUUAUAAUUUGUAGUCUAUUUUUUCCUCUAUUCUGGUUUUAUAUUGAUGAAAAUGUUUGAUAUAUUUGUAUUACAAUAUUUAUAUAAAAAUGGACCAACUUUUGUUCAUAGUAUCUGUAUCUGUAAGUUAAAAUUGUCUGAAAAGAGCAUACCUGUGAACUAUACUUUAAAACUUUUUCUUUGAAGUUCAAAGUAAUAGAAAACUGUAUGUUAACUAUUUUCUUACUUUCUUAUUUUUGAUCAAACAAUAACUUUGUUAAAAAAACUGGACUCUUUGAAACAAUA